GGAAGGUGGCGGAAGUUCACUCGAAGUGCAGACCCUGAACAUCUCAGUUCGCAAAAUCGUCUGCAGAAAUCAGCAAGGUCUCCGGUAGGACUACCAGUGGCACAGACAUGUCGACCGACAGUUUCCAUACAUAUCUAACUAUCUUCGGGAUUCUUCUAAUGGCUACCAUUGUAAGAAGCCAGGAUCUAGGACUGGAAGAAAACGUCAAAGACAUUCUAGCACGACGAAAAAACCUGGAUUAUGUCAGACAAUUAGUAGAAGAUAUGGAUAAUCAGCUCAACAGACUGCACAAACGUUCUUGCAUCUUGCGCUUGCCCGGUAUGGAUUGCGACUAUGGCGGCGUCACAGGUAAUGCCAAAGACCACAGUUUCUGGGUCGGUGACGAUUCUCCUGGCAAAAAGCGAAGCUACCAGUACAGUUGUGAUUUCAAGGUUGGAAACCCUGAAGGGUGCUUGGGGAAACUUGUUGAUGGGGAUAAGAAAGAUAACUCUCACUGGGGUGAUCCCGAUGGUCCCGGAAGGAAGUGAGGCUUAUUAACGGCUACGACAGAUGACUACAACGCACACUGGAAUGGAAACUUACCCCUACGCUUCUUAGAAACUGCUGCUGAAAACUCAUUUACGUCCACUGCUCACUAGCUGCUAGUUGUUUAUGUAAAACCUCUGCUGAUUUCCUUCAAUUCUGAUACUGGCUGACACGCUGCUGUAUAAUCAGCUGAUCAUAAAAUACAAAUGACUAUUACGGCAUACGUUUUUCUUUUCUGAAAUUCUUUCCUCACAUGUCAUUGUCACAGCUUUUAGAAUGUAAAUACAGCUCUUUUCUUAUAAAUUGGCCAAAAUAAAAUUAUUCGUUUAAA